AUGGACAUAGUGACGUGCACGGACGACGUCGAGAUUGAAGCCACGAGCCAGUUCCUUCCGACGCAGUCGGAGCCCAACCGGUUUCGCUACACGUACCGCAUUCGCAUCCGCAACCUUGGCGAAGACAUUGUCCGUGUGAACGGCCGCCACUGGGUCUUCAACCACAACUCGGCCAAGCGCGACGUGCUGCCGCGCAACUCGCCCGGCGUCGUCGGUCACAUCCCCGUGAUCGCGCCCGGUCACACCUUUGAGUACGCAAGCGGCGUCGAUCUCGAGACGACGACCGGGUCGGCGUCCGGCUGCUUGCACAUGACGCGCUUCAUGGCGACCGACGAUGGCGGCGAAGUCGAGUUCGAUGCGGAAAUUGCGUCCUUUCUUCUCCAACCGACCGUGUCGGACUAA